AACAAAACAAAUACACGGCAAAAUGAAGUGAAGCCAAAUUUGUCGUCCAGAAAAAAAUUUGUAUUUGCUAGCAAGAGUGGGAUUGCUGUUGUUUUUUCUCUUUUGCAUAUAUUUUUAGGUGUUCGGUUUAGCGACAGCAAAUAAACCUUGACGUAAAAAGUGUAAUGCAUCGAAUAUCGUGUUAAAUUUACAUAAUCAGUAAUGACAGAAAACUUGCUCAAAAAGCCUGCCAAGGGUAUUCUGAAGUCUUCAACAAGUUUUAAUAAUCCUGAAGCCAAUAAAAAUAAUCCAUUAGAUAUUAAAUGGGAUGAAAUGAAUAUUUUGCAAACUCUUCACCCUCCUGAUAAAGAUUAUGGCCACAUGAAAAUUGAUGAACCAAAGACGCCUUACAGCUAUUAUGAAGAUCAGUCUGGUAAAGAAAUAUCUGGACAUGGUGAUGACACAUUGGAUGCUGAGUUAUUAGCAAAAAAAAUAAAUUUAUGUUCUGAAAAAAAUGAAAAACCUGUUGCUUUGGAAUCACCAUGUGAAGAAGAUAAUGAGGAAGAAGAUGAAACUGAAGAAGAAAGAGCUCAAAGGUCUGCUUUUGAAUACAAAAGAAAAAUGCACUAUAAUGAGUUUUAUGCUGUGAAAUUGGCUCGAAAACUAAUAGAAAAAGAUGGAGAUCCAGAUGAAGCUGAUGAUGAAAACUGAAAAAAAUAAUUGUAUAAGGCAUUUCUGAGAUUUUUAUUUGAUAAAGUUCUCUUUUUUGAAAUACAGUAUUUAUCUUCCCUAAUUAAUGAUAUUUUAUAUGUAAAUUUUCUUUAUCGGACAAACAUAAGCUCAAUAGAGUUUUGUGUUAGAUAUUAAACUAGUUAUUGCAUUUGAUAAAAGCGAGAUACCUAUUUAUAUGUGUGUAUAUAUAUAUAUGGAUUUUACCAAAAGGAUUUUUAGAUUCAGUUUGAUUUGUGUGAUUCGAGGGAAAGAAAUUACUUAUAAAUUGUACAUUAGUUAUUUAAGGGUUUGUGUGGAAAAAUAAAGUUGUGAUAUCUUCUGA